AGAGCGAGGCAGCUUGGGACCCCUACUCUACCCCACCCUGCCCCUGGGGGCCUGAGUGUGGACGAACCGAUCAUUCCGAACGGGCGAAGUCUGAGACACCUGGUUUGCAAGGCCCCCUUGGGGGCUUGGGAAAAUUUUGUGGUUCGAGUCACAGUACGAAGCGUAAAGCAGUGCGGGAGGGCAGCCGGCAAGGUCGCGCCCAGCGGCGGCUCUAUCUUGGACACUCAGCAGGCUUCAGUUUCUUUCGAGUGGGCGCAUGCAGCAAAAAUGCGCAACUACGCUUGACAGACGUCCACUUCGCACUCUGCUAGGCGAAGUGGCAGAGCGGGGCCAGCGUUCGGGAAUACCCAGCGCUAAGCCAGGCCCCCGCCUAGAACCACACCGUUAGCCUUCUGCAGACAUUCCCCCGGGAGCUUCCGCGGCUCCGAUGGGUGUUUGAAACCCGGGCGCCGAAGCUCUUCCAGCCCCGAGGGGCCUGCUGGUCCCUACUCGGCGUCACCGUCACCCCGGCAACCUCCGCGGCUCCCGAGACGGCCCCUUUAAGGACGCCUGAGCGCCAGCCUCCUUGGUUUCUCGCGCCCGCCCGAGCCGCCGGCGGAGCGAACAUGGCCCUGGCGGCGCGCGCGGCCCGGGCGCUGUGGCCCUGCCGGGGCCCCCCGGCCUGGCGGCUGAAUGGCCGCCCGUGGCCACCGCUCCUCGCGGAGGGCCGGGCCGGCUUCGCGGGGGCUUCAGGGCCAGCUGCCGCCGCUCGCAAGAGGAGCUCGCGGCUGCUGGGGGCAGCGGCGCUGGCCCUGGGGGGCGCCCUGGGGCUGUACCACACGGUGCGGUGGCGACUGCGCGCCGGGGACCUCCGCGCCGAGAGCUCGGCCGCGCAGCUCUCCCUGUCCGGCCGGCUGCAGCUCACCCUGUACCAGUACAAGACCUGUCCCUUCUGCAGCAAAGUCCGGGCCUUCCUGGACUUCCACGCGCUGCCCUACCAGGUGGUCGAGGUGAACCCGGUGCGCAGGGCAGAGAUCAAGUUCUCCUCCUACAGGAAGGUGCCCAUCCUGGUGGUGCAGGAGGGCGAGAGCUCGCAACAGCUCAACGACUCCUCUGUGAUCAUCAGCGCCCUCCAGACCUACCUGGUGUCGGGGCAGCCGCUCCAGGAGAUCGUCACCUACUACCCGCCCAUGAAAGCGCUGAACGCACAGGGCAGGGAGGUGACCGAGUUCUGCAACAAGUACUGGCUCAUGCUGGACGAGGAGGAAGCCCGGCGCGUGUACGGGGCCAAGGAGGCCAGGACGGAGGAGAUGAAGUGGCGGCAGUGGGCGGACGACUGGCUGGUGCACCUCAUCUCCCCCAACGUGUACCGCACGCCCGCCGAGGCCCUGGCCUCCUUCGACUACAUCGUCCGCGAGGGCAAGUUCGGGGCCGUGGAGGGCGCCAUGGCCAAGUACGUGGGAGCAGCCGCCAUGUACCUCAUCAGCAAGCGACUCAAGAGCAGGCACCACCUGCAGGACGACGUGCGCGAGGACCUCUACCCUGCCGCCGACAAGUGGGUGGCAGCCGUGGGCAGGGAGCGGCCCUUCAUGGGGGGCCAGAAGCCAAACCUCGCCGACCUGGCGGUGUACGGCGUGCUGCGGGUGAUGGAGGGGUUGGAGGCCUUCGAGGACCUCAUGCGGCACACACGCAUCGGGCCCUGGUACCUGCGGGUGGAGCGGGCCAUCGCCGACGCCCCCCACGCGUGCUGACCCGGGGGCCCGGGGAUGCCGCCGCAGCCCUCUCUCGGACACGGAAUGGUUCUCGGGGGGCCCGGGCUGCGAGGGGCACGGCCCCGGCUCGGUUUCCGUUCCCACCCCCCCCCCCUCCAGUCUCAGGGGUCCUGACUCCC